UGAAAUUAGUUUAUGAUAGUGUUGGUGAUUGAAGCUGCAGGGUGCAGAAGCCAGAAAAGAAAGAAUGUACCGAGCAUCACCGCAGUCGCAGGUUCCGCUGUCGCGUGCACACUCUGUUUCCUCCUCCGACGCACAAAGACCCAACCUCAACGCUGAUCCAAAGGGUCUCCAAUCUUCUCUCCAAAACCUCCUCACCCUCCAUAGCCACAACUCCCUCAUCCUCCGCCACCACACUGAGAAAGCGAAGAAGGAGGCAAUAAAGAAAGCUGAGAGAGUUUCUGAGCUGUUAGUGGAGGCUGUAAAUGGUGGGGUGCAAGAUUCUUUCAUGUAUGAGAAGCGAAUAGAGCAAGAGAUUCGAGCUCUUUCUGCCACUGUUGCUAAGUUCAUGAAACAAACGGAUCAGUGGCUUGCUGCAACUCAUGCUCUCAACACUGCUGUUAAGGAAAUUGGAGACUUCGAGAACUGGAUGAAGAUCAUGGAAUAUGAUUGUAAAAGUAUCACUGCAGCUAUACAGAAUAUUCACCAAGAUUGAUCUUGCAGAAAGUUGCCAUUCAAGUUGCCAUGCUGAAGGAAUUGCCGAGGCCCUCGAAGGAUAACGUUAGCUGUUUAAUUUUCCUUUAAAUUUAUGAGUAAGCAUACUUUGUAGUCUCACCCUUUUAAUGAAUUUUUUUUCCCUAUAAGAAGCCUGACUAGCUGUGUAGGAGUCUCAGUAGCUGGUUUAGGGUGCAUCAUUGUUUUUGUUCUCUUAAGAAAAGUACCUUCUUCAAUAUUCAAUAAACAUGAUACUUAGAUUAUGUAAAAAGAAAGGGACUUAAAUUUGUGUAGCUUGUUUGAAUAAGCUUCUAAGGUAUUAUUUGUUAGUUGGGUUUUGGAGGAAAGGAGAGGGGAAAAGAAGGCUUGAAAUGUAAAAUUUAUACGAAGAAAAUAAUUAAUUUUUGCCUUUUAUCAAGAAAAAACCAGGUUAAGAGCUGCUUCUGUUCAUAUCUUUGCUCUUUAUCUUUACUUUUGAUAUUUCAAAAAGAUUUAUCCAAACACCACCAUUUGUCUCCUGGCCUUCAUGGAAAUGAAGAAAACGGUUAUUUUAUUUCUCUAGUGCUAGAUUUGCACAGAUGAAUUGAAUCAUAAGGUACAUGCUGAUUUUCUUCUAAUUCAACCAAAGAUCACUAAUUCUCAAACUCCUUACAUCUUCAAACAGACAAACACACCUCUCUCCCUUCUUGUUGUAAAUAUCUAUAUAUCUGCGUAUUAAACAACUACCAAACCCCACCGGCACUACGAGUGCAGAGAUGGUGGUUGUGGCAGCAGUGGCUAUAGUCAUGAUAGUAAUUGCAGUGAUAGUGUCGAUGUUGGAGUAGAUAUGGUGAUAAACUGACUAUAAAAUUAAGUCAUGGU